CCUCACUGAGUUGCUGAGGCUGGUUUUGAACUCUAUCUCUUCCUGCCUCAGCCUCCUGGGAUUACAAGAGUGUGCCACUAUGUCUGGCUUAGAAAUAUUUUUUUUCAAAGUCUGCAAAAACUCUCAAAUGUUUCACAUUACCAAACAGAAACAUUUAGCCUCUUCAUCUAAAACAUGCAUUCAAGUGACCUUACAGGUUAUUUCCCCCCUAAACAGAAGAAAGUCCUUUUCGUUACAUUUGGAUAUCAUUAAAAGACCUAUUUGGGAUGUUCUUCUAGGAAAAAAAAAAGUUAAUAAUACUUAAUAUCUCAAGCUUUAAAAAAGCAAUUGCUUAUAAGCCCUUAACUCUAGACACUUCCCCCUUAUCUGAGCAUGAAAAGGUAACAAGACGAAAAUCCAUGUAAAGCGAUUCCACUGCAAAUUGAACAGUAAUUAACGGCACCCCAAAAUUGAGAUUUUUUUUUUAUUUUUGAAAAACAAAAUAAUCCAACUAUAAUUUGUUUUAUUUUCUACUUCACAGAAGUUAGACUAUGACAGGUCCUAUGUAGAGUGAAGCAUGGACCUAGUAUUGGGUUUUCAAAUGUGGCAUUGUGGCUGUGUUGGAGACAGGAAGGGGUGAGAGGCAGCAGAGGGACUGAAGCUGUCAGAGGAUUCCCACGUGCCUCCCUACCUUCAGCAUAAAGGCAGACUUUCCCCGGAACCCACAGUCCCUGGUGUCCUUUAGUUUUAUUCCUCUGACAGCUUUCCCCCCAGACCUGGAUGGAGUAGCGAGGAAAGCCAGCUGCUUCACUUUUCCAAGCCCACGGGUGGGCAGCAGUCUAGAGGGGGCAUCGGGACCCAUCCCCAGGAACCAGACCACUGCUUUCCUUGUGAUGCAUUUCUCCUUUUUCAUUGUUAACAGAUCUGCUUUUCACCUCUGUGUUGCCAGCCAUCAGAACAAGCGGUUCCACAUAACUUUUCCAACUUCAUGAAAUACUGCAUCUUAGGCACAAUCUGCAAUAGCGAUCCAUUUUCACUUUAUACCCAUUGAAAGAUUAGCUUACCAAGCCACUCAGCUUUAAGCAAGCCAGAGAAUAGCAUUACAUCUGGAAGGAUGUUUCUAUUAAUGGAUAAUUUUGUUGUUAGCUUCACCACCUCAAAACUACAGGACUCAGAAAAUAAACAUUCAGUUUCAAAAAAAAAACAGGAAGCCUCAAUAAUAAUUUCUUGUCAGGGAAUUAGCAUUAAAAAUAAAAUCUCCUCCCAACCAAGAAAUCUUCUCUAUAAGUGGUAAUAGAUAAAGGAAAACACUUUAUUAUUGAAUAAGUGUUAAGCCAGAAUGGAAUGCACCUCAUAGGAAAACCACUAAAAGAGCAAAGACAGAAAGGAAUUAUCUGUUUAGUCAAGCAGAUAAUCCAAACAUAUGUGUUUUCAACAUAAAUAAUAAUUGGUCUUCCAAUAAAAUAACCUGACACGUAGUUUAUCUUAACUAUGAUAAAUGGGAGGACCACCUGUGUUAGUGGAUUGCUUUUUAUCAUAGGAGAAACAAACUUCUCACAUUUUUAUAACAACAGGUAGUUUUGCAUGUUGGAGUCGGGGGAGCCCAGCAAAGUUAGACUCAGCCUCCUACAGAAACCAGGAGACAGAGGAUCAUCUUUCCAUAUGCCCAUCUUCCCCAAACCAAAAAGAUAGCAUGUCAAGUUCAUGACCCCGUUGUGUCAGGGUAGCAGGGCAGGUUGUGAAAAGGCCAAAGAAGAUGUCCAGAGAUGGCAUGUGAGACUUAUGAUCAGUGACAGUUCAGGAGGCUGAGGCAGCAGCCUUGCAAGUUUGAGGCCGGCCUCCGCAAGUAGUGAGAUCCCAUCUCAAAGUAAAAAAUAAAAAGGGCUGUGGAUUAAUUCAGUGGUAAAUCACCCUGGGUUUAAUUACCAGUAUCAGGGGUUGGGGGGCAGGGAUAAGUGACUGCUCCAAGAAGAGUUCAGUGGUGAUAGGCUGAACAGACAGCCCCUCCCUCAAGCAAGCGCCUCCUUCAUCUCUCCCUCUUGCUGUUUUGUCCAGUGGUGCCUGGCUCGGGAAUGAUCUGUAUUCUUUCCACGGGGCUCUCGGUUCCACAACUGUCCCUACUCAGAGGGAGGUUUUAUACAUCAGGUUGCAGCAGCAGUGACAUCAGCGGCUUUAGUUUGCCUGUAUGAGCAGCAUAUCAAGGAGCAACUUUCCCAGCAUAUACGGAAGAAAGGAGCUUUUGACAGAUGGCACUAAAUUUCCCUGGUUUCCAGUGUGCUUAAGAGAAAGCCAGGUCCUCUAAGAUCGUAGGUAUCUGCACUUUGCAGCCCAAGGGUGUUAGUGCUCCCUUGACUUGGCUGAGCUUUUGGAAAAAGAAGGGGGCAUCUGGGGAUGAUGUUUUACUGUCCCCCACCUUUUUUUUUUUAAGGAUAACACAUGGCACCCAGGACUUUCCUGGGUUUGGAGACUGGCCAGCCUCUUGUUUAGCCAUUAUAAAAUUUAUAAACUUUUAAAAGGGACAGAAAAAGAAAUUCUGAAAGAAAACAGAAAUCUCUUCCCUUAUUUUCCACAGGGAGCUAAUGCUAAUGCUUUUUUUUUUUUUUAACUUGUUUUUGCCCUGGAUUCUCCAGCUCUGUCCAUCCAUGUUUCAAAGAUCUCAGGGUCCAGUUUCAUGCAAGGUCAAUAUUUUCUCGCCCUGAGAGUGUCUUUGAGGUUUAGAGUGUUGGGAGCACCUGUCUCCUUGCAGUCUUACCCUUUGUAGCUGUAUAGACAUACUUCACACCUCAGACAGCAGCCUGCUCCCCUCUCCCACACCUGCUUCUCAUUGAUAUUAUUACUUGAGUCCUAGGCCAGAGGCCUGACUCGGGAGACCCCCAAAAUGAGGUCCAACCACUCACCCUAAAAACAAAUAGAAAAGGAAAUGAUAGAAAGCAUGAAAGGAAUUUUAAUCAGUGUAGCUGUGCUGGGAAGAGAAGUGGUCCAUCCCUUUAGCCCCAUCUUCAAGAGACUGACAAUGACUUUGAGGGUUUUUUUUUUAAGAAGAGAAUGAGAGGCUGGGGCUGUAGCUCAGUGGCAGAGCAUUUACCUAGUACCUGUGAGGCACUAGGUUUGAUCCUCAGCACCACAUAAAGUAAAGAAGAAGAAGAAGAAAGAGGAGGAGGAGGAGAAGAAAGAAGAGAACAAAGGCACGGGUGGGGGUUUGCAUAACUAGAAAGUUUGCAAAGAUACCAAAGCAGGUGAUCCUGAUCAGGAGAGGUCUGUCUCCAUAUUAUCUCAUUAUUUCAAGAUUGGUCAGGUCUGACCAUGUCAGGUUAAAAAAAAAAUUACUGUUGCCUGGCAGGUAGUUUCAACUCAUCACAAGAUGUUUACUGGAUCAGAUUCCUGGAAUCAAAGGUGACUUGGAGCAAAGGGAAUAGAUGUAAAAUGGAGGUGGGAAUGCCAAGUCUUUAAUCUUGCUCUUAGCCACCCAUCAAACAUUUGCAGGCAGAAGUGAAGAGUUAAGUCCUUGUUAGAAUAUGAGUAAAAAUAUGAUUUGGACUUUUUAAAUACCAGCAUAAUUAAUCUCCAAAUUUCUGUAUUUCUUCCAUCUUUAAGUCCAGUCCCAAUAUAGGCUCAUGCCGCAUGUAAGGGAGGGAAAAACAAUUAUUUUUGCUUCAUCUCAUCUUAGGCUCACUAGCUGGGGCUGAUGAAUCAAACUGGUAAAAGAUUAACAGGAGAAAAAGUAAGCUUUAAUUACACAUGUACACAUGGGAGAUCACAAAGUCAAAUGUGGCUCAAGGAGGCAGGCAGAUAAUCGAGGUUUACAUAUCAUCUUAAGCUAAACAAUGUUGAGGGGUUUGGGGAUUCUGGGAGAGGGAGAAUCAAGUUCUGGGCGGUGACAAGGAAAAGCAUGGUAACAAGGGUUGUUUAGUAUGAUUUGUUGUGCAGAUCUAAGCCAAUAUCUUCUCUACUGAGAAGGUCCGACAGAAGGAUAUGCCUUUAUCAAAGCAAAUUUUCUUUAGGAAAAGAAAAUAUAUGCCCUAUUUUUAGAGUUUUCCUUUUUUUCUGGUAGUUCCCAAUGGUCUUUUGGUUAAAAAUAAUUCAUAUACAAAAGAAACAUAUUUGGGGAUGGCAUGUGCUGGUACCCUUCACACACACACACACACACACACACACACACACUCAUCUUAGAGAGGAACUGUAACAUGCAGUUCCCUGGAGGAAGGAAUACAUGCGGGAGAAAUGCAAUGCUCAAUUAUGUCCCUGAAGAUCUGCUUCACCUGAGAAGGUAAGAGGAUUUGUAAACCUCCCAUCAUUGAUCAAUCAUGAAUGGAUCCCGCUGGGGUUGCCCUCUGAAAGGUCAAUCUGCUCCUGGAAACCCCAGAGCAGCCACGGCACCUGGCACUAAGGUGAGCCUAACUGGAGAAACUGCAAUUUGGGGAAGCAGAAGCCCUCCCCAGGACCCAGGGGAUUCUUCAAAUCCAGGUCCUCCUGUCGUCCCCACAGGAACCUCCGUGGCAGGGAUUGCAGGGACCACCACCUCAGACUCAUUUCUCUUCUUCUCAGCAGCUGCACCCAGACCUGUGAUUUCCCUCCAACCUCCAUGGACCACAGUUUUUAAAGGAGAGACAGUGAAUCUGACUUGCAAUAGAUUUCAUUUCCAUGCACCAGAGAAAACAGAAUGGUACGGGAAAAAUGGAUACAUAACAAGAAGAGAAACCCCAGGAGAUACCCUGCAAGUCCGUGAAUCGGGAACUUACAGAUGCAAGGUCCAGGGCUCACUUCUAAGUAACCCUGUAUCCUUGACCUUUUCUACAGGCUCCUUAAUCCUACAGGCUCCUUAUUCUGUGUUUGAAGGAGACAUAUUGGUUCUGAGAUGCCAGCAAAGGGGAAAAGAGAAACUGACCUCCGUGAAAUACACUUGGAAUGGAAAAGUCCUUCUCGUUUCUAACAAAAGCUUGGAUCUUUUUAUCCCAAGAGCAGGUUUAAAUAACAGUGGCUUUUAUCAAUGCAUUGGAUUUAGGAACCAAAAAUUGGCAGAUAAGUCAGCUACCGAAUAUAUUGGAAUUAAAGAAUUAUUUCCACGUCCGAACCUGAAAGUCACAGCCCUUCAGCCUACCGAAGGGAACUCUGUAAACCUGAGCUGUGAAACGCAUCUUCCUCCAGAGAGAUUGGACACCCCUCUUCACUUCAUCUUCUUCAGAGAUGACAGAAUCGUCCUGUCAAGUUGGAGCAACUUCUCAGGGCUCCAGAUCCCCACCAUCUGGAGAGAAGACUCGGGACGGUAUAGAUGUGGGGCUGCAACUGUGACAAGCAGCAUCCAGAAGCUCAGCUCCUCCUGGGAGAUCCUCGUACAGAGGGUCCCUGUGUCUCAGGUCUCCUUGGAGACCCAGCCCCCAGGAGGCCAGGCAAUUGAGGGGGAGAUGCUGGUCCUUGUCUGCUCCGUGGCUGAAGGCACAGGGGUCACCACAUUCUCCUGGCACAGAGAGAACACGACGGAGAGUCUGGGGAGGAAGACUCAGCGUUCCCAGAGAGCAGAGCUGGAGAUCCCAGUCGUCCGGGGGAGCCACGGCGGGGGAUUCUACUGCACAGCAGACAACAGCUACGGCCCCGUGCAGAGCCAGGUGGUGAACGUCACUGUGAGGGUGAUUCCCAGCAACAGAAAUGCCCUCAUCGCCGGAGGAGCCGCUGGGGGACUGCUCAGCUUUCUUUUCCUGCUUGGGGCCCUGCUGUUUUUCCACUGGCACAGGACGAAAUCAGGAGGUGGUUUCUGGACAGCUGAAACCAGGAGUCCUCUCACCCCCAGCCUGGGACAGUCCUUUCAUUACAUCUGCUCUGCCCAGGUGGAACCACACAUCUCCUGUGACAAUGAAGGAGAUUUGGUAUAUGCUGAGAUCCAGACUAUUGACCUGGGAGAAGAAGGAGAAGGUAACACCCCCUGGAUGCCUCCAGAGGACAAGCAUGCCUUGAUAGUCUACUCUGAGGUGAAGACACAGCUGCCAGUUGACUCAGAUGGAAAAGUCGGCUCCGAUGACGAAGAUGCAGAAGAAUAUUAUGAAAAUAUCGUACUCAUGUGACUUGACCCUCCAGGCCCUCGGAGCAAGCAACAGAUGCAGCUUUCUGACACUUACACCGUAUGCACUCACCCCCAAGACGCCUCAUUAUCCACCCUGAAGCAGUGAUGGGAUGACCUCUGGCAGCCUUUGCUAAAAUGACUGGGUUCUUGUCCAGAGCUAGAAGAAGACUCUGUUCACUUGCUCUGGGCCGGAUCUAAUGUGUUCUCCAGAAUCUGAUUUAGGGCAGGAGAAUAAGGAGAGAGAGAGAGAAAGAAUGCUUUUGAAAAAUAGAAACAUACUUUUUAGUGAAUUAGGACUUGUACAAAGAUAGAAAAGACUGAGCAAUGUGGUUCUCCUUUUAAUACCUUUGUGAUUCCUUCAGCGGAGAACCCUUGACAUCCUUUGGUGUAGCUGUGAGCAGUUGUACUACAGAGACCUGAACAGCCCCUCCCCACCUGCCUGCAGUUUGCUCUGUCAGGAUUCAGGUGAAGAUGAAAAGAUCCACUUCAAAUGGUUUAUGGAGAAAGGAUUUUUUUUCCCAAGAUUUUAAACACUUACAAAAUCUUCAGGAGAGCUAAAGAAGCAGGCUUUAGGCUAAACUUCCCAAAGCAAAAGGGAUUUAUGUUACUAUCACUUGGAACACAACCUUAUAAUAUUAGAGAAAAAGAGAUAUAAUAGAAAAUUAAAAAGCAAUUUUGCAAACCUAAAUUUGAAUUUGAAAUAUCAGUAUAAAUUCAUGAUAAACUCCACAUUUUAAAAAAAUGUGCACUUCUAGGUUCAUCCACUGAAAAGACAUAAUCAUCAGUUAAACAGCGAUAAGCACUCCUUGCAAAGGUUAUAGUCUCUAAACACCCUGUCCUCCUCAAGUGAAAAUAGGGCUGUCUUUCUUGUAAGAGUAUUGUCUUUGAGUUAUCAAAUAGUUACUGAGAGAAUAAUUCUUCCAAAAAAUAAGAAAACGAUGAAAGAAAUAGGAAAUCACUAUCUCUCAUGAUGUUUCAUGCUGCCCCUACUGGUUAACAUGAAAGAGAAAAACCACAGCCAAACAACAAGUGGCUUCUGGUGGAAAAAUACAGUACGGUACCACCUAUGGAGUACUGAUGCCCCAAAUAUCAAAACUGAAUCCCAGGGUUGGGGAUGUAGCUCAGUUGGUAGAGGGCUGGCCUCUCAUGUCUCAUGCACAAGGACCUGGGUUGGAUCCCCAGCACCAAAAAAAAAAAGAAAACUGAAUCCCAUCAAGUCUUUAGACCUAAUUACUAGUUUAUAGGAAAUACAUGAAACAAAGGAAUGGGUUAGAAUAGCAUCAGGGGAUUGCAACCAACAAAAUGCAAACUGUGGGAAAAUUCUACAGGACCAAUGACCUGGUUUCCUCACUAAUAAAUGGGAAGGGAGGGAGGGAGGAAGAAAAGAGAGAACAGGAGAAAAAGAAGAGCAAGAUAAAGAGAAAAGGGAGAAAGACAUAAAUUAAAUAGUACUCGAGACCUAUCAACCAGAAAGAAUGAGCAGGCCCUGUUUGGAACCUGAUUCAAACGAAUCCAGGGAAGAAAGGGAAAAAAAAAAAAAACCACAUAUGAAAUAUUAAGAGAAAAUUGGAUGCUAAUACUAAGAAAUUCAUGUGUUUUGGAUAGAAGUGAUAGUAUGGUUAUAUUCUUAUAAAAACAAAAAGGCACUCGUUUUUAGAGCUUAUGUUGAAGUACUGAAUGAAAGGUGUUAGCAUUCAAUGCACACUAAAGAAGAGGAUUAAAUGAUAGAUUUGACUUGAAGGAAUCGAUGGGGGAGGGUGGGGAGAAGAGGGCAGGGAUAUCGGACCCCUCAUGCGUGCUCCAUCUUUGAAGCUGAGUGAUGGGUUCCUUGUGUGGGGGAGGAAGUGGGGUUUAUACUAUUAUUAUUCCUGCUUAGACUCUUCGAUUCUUUUUGUGUUUUUAAUUUUCCACAAUAAAAAGUUAAAAUCUC